AUGGGCUUCAAGAAAGUACCUGAUAGGGGAUCGGAUGAGGAGUUUCCCAAUGUUCGGGAGGCCUCCUGGUCUAGUGGGGCCAAGAAACGAAAGAGAGGGCGGCCGAGGAUCCACAAACUUCCUGCAGAAUCAUCAUCAACAAACCUCCCUCAAACAACGACUUACUCUUUCCAAAACCAUGAACACAACAUUCUGGAAGAAGAAAUACCUCAUUAUCCGGGAGAUCUAACUGAUCAGCAGGUACUUGAUAACCUGAGACAGCUAGAUGACGACAGAACGGGAGGAAAGUCUCAAAAUGAUUACCUGAGGGAAUGGCUCCCGAAACGAGAGGUGUAUCUUGGAACAAUGAUUGGAGGAGAAGCCCCGGAUCCGGAUCUGAAUGGACGGUGUCAGCAAUGUCAAGGAAUGUCUGGAGUGUGGAGAUGUUGCCAAUGCUUUGGCUCUAGAAUUUUGUGUUCUGAAUGCCUGCGAAGAAACCAUCAAUUUACACCUUUCCACCGCGUUGAGAAGUGGACGGGUCUAUAUUUCCGUCCGGGAGCUCUGUGGGAAGUGGGUGUCAAGUUGUAUUUGGGUCAUAAUGGGAAGCGGUGUCCUUAUCCCACGGAUCCGAGCCAUCUAGGAUGCGACGGCGGAAACAAUUCAUCCGGGAGUCAUGGGCACGGCGGAAACAAUUCGCCCAUCUUUGAGGAUGAACACGGAUUGGACCUGGAUCCGCUUCCUGCGAGCAAUGACCAAGAAUCCUUUACGGCUCAGCUUCUGGCGGACCCGGAGGUACCCCAUUUGGUUGAGCUGGACGAUGGAGACGAUGAAGACGAUGAUCUAUUCGAGGAAGUCGAUACAACCUAUCUGGACCAACCUCGUCCAAAGGCAGCAGACAACAAUGGAAUUCCUUUCAAGGCAAUUGUGCACACCUCCGGAGUCCAUUAUCUGCCCGUGCGAACAUGCACAUGCCGGUCCGUCCGCCUUCCGUCUAUCGAUUUACAGUAUCUGGAGAUGGGAUUAUUUGCAGCCAGCUUUGAAAACGUUCAAACUGUGUUCACAGUUGAGGUCCUUGAGGACUUUCGGAUGGACAACCUCGAGUGCAAAACGUCGGCUUAUCAGUAUUACCAAAAGUUGCGAAGACUGACUUUGCCAGCGUUUCCAAAAAAGGUGCUGAACCGCUAUCGUGAAUUGAGAAGGCUUAGUAGAGAAUACAGGGACCUUGUCCUGAGACGACAAUACGGAGAAGGGCAUACAAGAGAAGCGGUGGUCCCUUACUAUCAUCAUUGCCAUGAUUCAUCACCAGAGAGGAUGGGUAUUAAUGUAUCUGAUCCAAUUGACGGCGGAUCUGAUAGUCCGUCUCAAGAAGUCGGAAUGUCAACGGACCCGUCUCUGGGACACGGCGGAUUAGAUGGUCCGCCUGCACCACAAAUGACGCGGACCGAGGAUCAUCCCAAAGUUGAAGAUAGGAGAGGGAAGUUGGCCUUAUUCUGCCCCGCCUGUCCACAGCCUGGAAUAAACCUACCUGAUACCUGGAUUGAUGAUGCUGACAGCAAUCUGUACAUACGUAGUUAUGUUGCAGAUGGUAAUUUCAAAGCAGAUCACCUCAAUCAGAAAAACGAGGGAGACGAUGUUUGGUUGAGCGUUGGAGAAGGAUACAUGACUGCUCCGGGCCCAUACAAGGAGCACAUCAAGGAAGCAAUUUCUCUUGCUCCACGUUAUAAACGGGAACAAACAUGUCAUAACUACCACGCCCAGAAAGCUGAAAACAGAGUCAGCCCGGGUAAGAGAGUACGUGGAAUUGGGGCACACGCUUGCGCUAGGCACGGAUGCUUCUGUCCAUCCAGCGUUGUCGAUUUUGACAAAGGCGAAAAGCAGAUGCACAUGGAUUGGUCUUUGACUCAGGCCAGGGAAACUACCAACACACAGGGAAUCACAAAACAUUUGGAAAUCUACGAUAUAAACUGUCAAUAUUGCGUUAACUUGGCAAGGCGUCUCUCAGAGUCCACAAAAAUGCAUUGGCCACCUUCUGUUAAAAUGAUUUUUGCAAUUGGUUUAUUUCACGUCCAUGGGCACAAGACGGAAUGUCUUUACAACUACGCAUCCACCUAUGUCCCGGGUGUGGGAAUCAUUGACGGAGAAAUCCUGGAGCCGUUGUGGUCCGUGUUAAAUGACACAUCCCGGAGUACACGUUCCGCUACCACUGCCCAUCGAGCAGAGGUUUUGGACGACCACAUGGGGGAUUCCAACUGGAAGAAGACCAUUAAUAUGGCUGCAACAAUUGCUGCAAAGUUCAAACGGGCACGGGAACAGUCCGGAAUCACAGACCGAUUUUAUAGGGGUAUCACGGAUCAACAAGAUUCCGGGCUCAUCAACACUUGGGAAGAUGAAAUUUCAAAAGCAGAAGCGGACCGAGAACAAGGUGUGGCCGACGCUGUUGGCAAGGUAAUGGCAAGCAAAGUGAAAACGGCUGCUGGACGCCAAGAAAUUGAAUUGCAUCUUUCAAAUAUGGAACUUACAUCUAAUGGUGCUACUGGAAAGGCAGCAUGGAUAUCAUCCGGCUUAAAACUGGAGCAAGCGCAAUUGGAGCUCAGGGACCAUGUCAGAAAGCUCGGAAAGCAUCCUUCCACCGCGCAGAAACUUGACUUGGUCAAUAAACGUCGCUCCAUGCGGACCCGCGUUGAAGCCUUCUGUCGAUCCGCUAUGACCUUCAUGGGCGAAGAUGUCUUGGAGGAUAUUCAAGGGGACAUUGCUCCCAUACUUGACUAUGAAGUCAGUGACAACGACGAUCCUGAUCUUGGAAAUGUCAACAUUACCCGCGCGGAUCCGGAACGACAGCCGCUUCCGUUUCCCUCCGCCGUCAAACAAGAUUUCUUUGACGGCCUUGACGCGGGAACAAACCUCAUUUUAAAAGGGCUUCGCAAACUUGAACUUCAAAUAAGACAUGGCCACGCAGAGGACUGUCUGGAAGCGGUCCGGUCAGCCUUGAUCCAGCUUUCUUGGCAGUAUAAAUAUCAGGUUCGGACCGCCGACUCCGUCUAUAUGGGGACUCGUGCUUGGGAUGGCGUCAAGCUUUUGAAUGCUUCCUGGAAAUUGCACCGGCGACUCUACAACACAAACCGUCAGAAGAUGAUCUAUUUAUCUGCUGGCGUGCGAGACGAGGAUAAUAUUCGGAAACAAUAUCCCAUUCUGCAAGUCCAUGAUUGCAAGCAUAGUAAUGCCGUGUCGGAUCCGAACAUUCGCGGAGGAAGCUCGGACCGUCUAAGUUGGAUUUGGAGAUCCCGUCAGGGCCUGGACAAUGAUAAUCAAUUAUACGUUAAUGAGUUCUUCAGGCUAAACUGGCUCCGCGCGCGAGCUCAGAGGAAUAGAUGGCAAGAAGAGCUGGCCUUGACAAAAAAGGAAAUGGAAUGGACUGUCAGAUUUUAUGUGUAUAUGGCAAAGACAUGGCGUGCACGGCAUGAUUUUGUUCCUGACAGGUUAGUUGGUCACAGGGCAAAUGCUCAAAAGCAGAUUGCCAUGUGGAAUGAUUUGGGGCGGGCCGCGGAUAAGGUCUUCCGUCAAAUUAACCCGGAGUAUCUGUCCGUUUCUUUGAACAUUCUUGUUGUAUCCCAUCUCGUUGAAUUCAUGCACUUACCGCGGCUUUUUAAACCUCCUGUCGAGGACGAACAUCAUCUCCUUACCUAUGAUAAGCGACGUGCUCUGGCCAAAGUUCAUGUCCAUAUUUGUGGUGCACGGAUCCGUGCCGGAUACCGUUUGUUCAUUGCAAACGGAGACUCUGUUUCCUCCGUGCGUCGCCAAAAAUGGAUGUAUUUGCUCGACCUGGAGGUGGCUAUACUGCUGAGAGUACUCGGAUACUGCUAUGUCAAUGGAUUCCAAGUCAAUAUUCCAUUUUUUAUAUCAGAAAUUCUCAAUCAGAGCGUACAUGCCGUUUUGAACCGAACUCCCCACCAUCGAGCUGUUUUAUUUGAAUCUCUAAAUCAAAGCUGGUCAGCAUGGGAAGAUGAUGAAAUUUUAAAUCAGACCAAGAGCUGGGGAUAUUGGUGGAGGGACGGAUUUGCUGAAGGCGAUGAGUGGCAAGUUGCCUUUGUUACCGUUGAAUCGCAAGCAAGAGAAUUUUGGAACAAGGUGGUUCUGCCUGAAUACCAACAAGAGGUACUCCGGCUAAAUAAUCAGAGGAAAGAAGCUAAGGAGGGCGCAAGUUCAUCUACCUCUGGGCCUCCAAGAAAUCAGGAAAACAAUCCCAAGGGCAAGGGAAAGGCGGCUGAACGGACAUCCGUCCCCACCUCGGGGAAGCACGGAUCCGCGUUGACGGGAAAGCACGGCUCCGCGUUUUCACCGCCCACGGGGAAACCCAAUCCGCCGACCCGUGUUGCAAACACGCGGGAUGAAACAUCCCCAAUUGCAAUUUCUGACCACAGACCGCCCUACUGUCCCCGCUGCGGUCAGCCUAUCCUAACGGGCGUAAUGAGGGAGUUGGCUCACCUGCGCCGGAAUGUGGCGGACAAAAUGAAGAAUGCCCAUAAAGCAGUGACUACUUCUUCGGCCGCCUUGGGCAGAUAUUCUGUAUUGGAGAAGAUGUGGAUUGACUCUAAGGAGCACCCGUUCUCUAACGGCAAGGGGCUUUCAGCCAAAUACAAAUUUCAGCAUCCCGUUCACCCUUCUCCUGACAGUUGGGGUGCUAUAACGGCUCAAGCCCGGUCCUUCGAGGUCUCAAAGCUCAAAGUCGCUUCAUUUUACAUCAACGACAUUUUUUAUUCUUUUAUUGCCGUCAAGGAACUACCUUUUCAUCCACUCUGGUAUCAUUCGCCACCCUCCAACACUGCAAAUAUUCAUCUCCCAACAGAUACUCUGCCUACUCCCGGUUCCGUCAGCCCUCCGUCAAAUGCACACACCAGCAAUGCCUUCCUUUUUAACGCAAGGUCAAGACCUGUUUUCCCGGGAGAAGAGGAUGAUAUUGAUAGUACGUCCGAUACCACUGAAUCCUCUACACCAGCUACGUUUUUAGAGCAUCUCGCACAGGACUUUGAAGAGGAGGCGGAUGAGGAGUCUUCCGCCGGUGAUACGACGGAGGAGUCAGAUGCUUCCGGUAACUCGGAAGAGCUUAGCGAGGACGUGUCGGAAACACCCUGGGAUGAGGAAUCUUAG